CUCACUGUUAUCAGUUGCUGUCUUAAGUCGAAAGUGUUUGAGAGCCUCCCUGACACCAUGACUGCGCCUCUCCUGACGCCUCUGGUCGUGGGCCUCCUGAUUGCCUUCGCUGAAGCAGCCCAACAGGACUCUAGCAUUGUGAAUGGACGGGAGGCUAAGCCACACUCCAGACCUUACAUGGUCUCUGUGCAGCGAAAUAACGUACACAUCUGUGGUGGUUUCCUAGUGUCCAACUUCUUCAUAAUGACCGCAGCACAUUGCUGGAAGGGAGAGAGACUGACAGUUCUGCUCGGUGCCCAUGACAUUAACAAGAAACACGAGGGGAAAAGGGCUGAAGUGGAAAUGUACUACAAGCACCCUGAUUUCAGAAAACCGGACAAUGACAUCAUGCUUUUGCAGCUCAAGACUGCAGUCAAGAAGACCGAAAAAGUGCAGUGGAUCCCCCUCCCUAAGAAAGAUGAAGACGUCAAGCCUGGAACGAUCUGCAGUGUGGCAGGAUGGGGAGCCCUAAAAACAAAUGGGAGCGGGAGCCCACGCCUUCAGGAAGUCGAAGUGACCGUUGUGGACCGAAACAUGUGCAGAGAAAUGUGGGGGAAGAUACCAAUCACACGCAGGAUGAUGUGUGCAGGGGGAAGCGAUAGCAACAGAGGCUUCUGUCAGGGAGACUCUGGUGGUCCACUGGUAUACCAUGGCCAAGCAGUGGGAAUUGUUUCCUUCAAUAACUAUUGCGAUUACCCAGAUGUGCCCAACGUCUAUACUCAGAUCUCUAAGUUCUUGCCCUGGAUCAGGAAGUACAUCUAAUGUUUUUUACACUUUUAUUUUCCUUACUUUUAUUCUUUGCAUAUCUCGUCAUAUAUUUUGUUUAUCAGCUAGAAGUUUCCUUAUUUUAAGAUGAAUUUUCAGACAGAUAUGUCAAAUUCUUAUUUUACACAUUUUUAAGUCUUUUAGUGUAGGUUGAAGGUAUAUGUCCAGCCAUGCACCAUCAUAAUGUAUGCUUAGACAUUGGCCAUGUGCUUAUCUUUAAAAGUAAAACAAAGCUAAUUCCAUUUCCAAACUAGACAACGCCUGUUUAGAAGAGAUCUACUAAGUGUUGUUUAUUUGCAACCACUAUGCUUCUGCAGUUCCAUUUAUUUCAUUAAAACACAUGCAAAUAUGACAAA